AGUAAUAUUAACUGGCUAAUGACGAUCACAACGCACGUCAUAGACAGGUUUAAACUCGGAGAUAUUAAUAACAAAAAAAAAUAAUAAGUUCGAUGACGUCUGGGCCAACAACGGCAAUCACUGCCUGCCAGUCGACGUUUCGCCUCGAGUCGCCGCGCGCAGCUCGUACUGCGUGGGGAUUCCUAAGGAUUACCCGGCAUACCCCGCGGGGAGAGAUGGCGGCGGCAGCGGACAAGGAAUGAGAUAAACUUUAUCCCGGAGAGCAGCCACCGGAACGGGGAAAGCCGCGCGACCUGCUGACGGCUGGGAGACUUGUUUGCUCCGUCGCUUGCCGGCGUGAGAGUGUGCGCACUGCGCUCGUGCGUUGUCAGGCAUUUCGGCGUUGCAGCGCGGCUUUUUGGAGCUGUGGGCUCGGGAGAGGCUUUGCAACAGGGUCCGAGGAAAGAAGAAAAAGAAGAAGAAGCGGCGAAAGUUUGUGACCCGGAGACGCAGGCGGAGUGCCAGGAGCGAUAGCGACCGGUUAUCAGUAACUUGAGGUCACAUGCCAGAAGCAGAAGACUGUAUAACAUGUAUUGGGUUGCAUACAGUCAUUAACAAGGAGGAAUGUACCCAGCAACAUGCUUGGUUAAACAGCAUUCUGUGUAUGGUGAAUCGUCAUAUAGACAUAAUACUGCAUCAUACUCCUGCAAUUAGGUUGACAUUCAACGAGAGAAGAGAAGAGAAUUAAUAGAAUGACGAGUGCUGCUCCCAUAAGAAAGCCUUAUCGCAAGGCACCUCCUCAGCAUCGGGAAGUACGACAUGACACAUCUACAUUUCGUCUUGAAUUAGAUGGAAAGAAUAUCUCUUAUCCUGAUGAGCACUGUCAGGAUUCUUUAUCAGAUACUGAUAGAAUCAACGUCCUGCAGCAGCAAAAUGAAGAUCUACGUUGCCGGCUCUCCUUUACCACUCAUAAGAUGGAAGCAAUGGAGUCUGAGUUUAACUCUAGUCAGCACUACAUGGAAACAGAGCUGACAAGAACAAAAGAUGAGUUGGAGAAGAUGAAGGAUAAAUUCCGAAGGCUGCAGAACAGUUAUACGGCAUCACAGAGAGCUAAUCAAGACCUUGAAGAAAAACUUCAUGCUCUACUCAGAAAAGUUGAAAGUGAUAAGAAGAGCAUGGACCAAGAGAUUGUGGAGCUCACCAACAAGCUAUUAGAUGCUAAAAACACAAUAAACAAGCUUGAGGAGCUUAAUGAACGCUAUCGGCAGGAUUGCAAUUUGGCAGUGCAACUCUUGAAGUGUAAUAAGUCACAUUUCAGAAACCACAAGUUUGCUGAUCUUCCCUAUGAGUUGCAAGAUAUGGUCAACAAACACAUGAAAAUUAGUCCCCCAGAUUCUGGUGCAACCAAACCCGAUCCAACUCAGAGCUUGGCCCCUGCUGAUGUUGUUCCUACAUCUGUGAUUGCUCGAGUACUUGAAAAGCCAGAGCCUAUGAUCCUGAAUUCUGCACAGUCAAGCAGUAGCUCUGGACGUCCGGUAGCUGAAGAUGUGUUUGUUCAUGUGGAUAUGACAGGUCCUCAGGGCGAUGAAGCUAAACCGAGUAAGGAAAAUGGUGGACGAUUGCAAGAAAAAGGAAUUGGUCAACAGCAGCAAAAUGGGAUGUGCAUUCGACAGAAUAGUUUGGAGGGCCUGGUGGUUGAAGAAGAAAGUAAUGGAGCAUCAGGUCCAUCUUUUGAGAAGUUAAACCCUUACCCUACUCCUCCUCCACCUCACCCUCUUUAUCCUGGUCGAAAGGUAAUUGAAUUUUCUACUGAUGACAAAGUGAAGAUUCCAAAGAAUAGCCCUCUCCCAAAUUGUACUUAUGCUACCCGUCAAGCUAUCUCACUUAGUCUAGUGCAAGGUGGAGGAGAGGAUGAUGGUGAAAGGCAAAGAAUGGUACCUAACAGCCCUCCAAUAUCAGAACGAGGCUGGCGAUCUGGAGCUUCAUCUUCUUCGGGUGGUGGCAGUGAUAUUAGUGGUGGCAGACGUCCUCAUCCACAAGAUAUCACUGACCUGUGCUCAACUCAUUCUAGCCCUUUUAGCAGCCCUCCACAAGCCCCAAGCACCUUUGCUAGCUCUGCCAGCUCUGAGGAGGAUAUCUUGGCUAAUUGGCAGCGUAUGUUUGUAGAAAAGAUUGCACCUGCCUCUGAGAGUAUCUUAGUCAAUCGCACUUCAUUCAGCAGUGAGACAGCCCAGGAGCUGCAGAGGAGCCUCCUGAUUAAAAGAGUGUCCAGGAAUGAAAAAAGAAGAGGGGAUGAAAGAGGUGCCUAUUCAGAUGGAGAAGAGUCUUCUCUCCAUAGCUGGAGUAUUAGUCGUGAAUCCAGCCAAGACACAGACAACAGUGGCACACAGGCACGUGCCAGGAAGGAUCAGUAUAGUACAGACUUCUCUCACGAGGAGGGGCAGAGGCUUCUGUUGGCUGUAGAUCCUUUGGAGGAUGAAGAUGGAAGUAGUGAGGCCACUGAAACAACCACUGCUACAGUGAUUAAAACCAGCCCCAUAAUAGUUAAAGACGAUAGCGAUGUACAGUUGGCAGAGAGCUCCACAGAAGAGCAGGAUGUCCUGACACAAGAGUUCACUUUGACUAUGCCCAGGUCCUUGAGGACCCCAGAUGAAUAUGAAGAGAAACCUAGCAUGCCCUCUAGACCACUGAAAAGCCCUAAACGAAUGGGGGUACAUCAUCUUCAUCGCAAGGAUAGUCUAACUCGAGCUCUAGAACAUGGUACUUUGUUAGACUAGACUGAGAAUGUUCUCUAAUUAAUCCUGGCCUCUAAAACAGCUGGAGUGUUUUGGAUAUCUGUUUUUU